CUAGCAUCAGAUAAUUUUUUCAAAAUGUUAACACUAACAUCCAACAAUGAUCCAAACGUGACCAUAGUAUUUGUAAUUUUGUAUAUCAUAUUAUCCUCUACUCCGUAUUUUUUUAAGUAUUGAUGUAAAUUUUUUCCAAAUAGGGAGUAAUAAUUUAAAACUUGUUUCCAAAGGUUGCUCGGUAUUCUUUUAUUGGGUUUUGGUAGCAGAGGCUUCUAAACCCCAAAACCCUAGAAGCACUGCUCUGUGUGCUCUCUGCUUCCGCCUCCACUGCUCUUCCUCAUCGCCACAUCUGUUCUGCUCUCGGCAUCAAUUUCUCAAAAACCAUGUAUCGCUUCGCAGCAAAUCUUGCCUCUAAGGCUAGGGUCGCCAAGAACUGCACUCAACAGGUAAGUGGUAGGUUAAGUUGGAACAGAAACUAUGCUGCCAAAGAUAUUAGAUUUGGAGUCGAGGCUCGAGCCUUGAUGCUUCAGGGAGUAGAAGAGCUUGCCAAUGCUGUUAAGGUCACCAUGGGGCCAAAGGGGCGCAAUGUUGUGAUUGAACAAAGCUGGGGUGCACCAAAAGUAACAAAAGAUGGUGUUACUGUUGCAAAAAGUGUAGAGUUUAGCCACAAAGUAAAAAAUGUUGGGGCAAGUCUUGUAAAACAAGUUGCUAAUGCUACCAAUGAUGUUGCCGGUGAUGGUACAACCUGUGCAACUGUUCUCACACAGGCCAUAUUUGCUGAAGGAUGCAAGUCAGUUGCAGCAGGUAUGAACGCAAUGGAUCUGAGACGUGGUAUUUCUAUGGCUGUUGAUGCUGUUGUAACAAGCCUCAAGAGCAGAGCACGCAUGAUUAGCACAUCUGAGGAAAUUGCUCAGGUAGGAACAAUCUCUGCAAAUGGAGAAAGAGAGAUUGGUGAGCUAAUUGCGAAGGCUAUGGAGAAAGUUGGAAAGGAAGGUGUCAUUACAAUUCAAGACGGGAAGACAUUAUUCAAUGAGCUAGAAGUUGUGGAGGGGAUGAAACUAGACAGGGGCUAUAUCUCUCCGUAUUUUAUUACAAACCAGAAGAAUCAGAAAUGUGAGUUGGAUGAUCCUCUUAUUCUUAUCCAUGAGAAGAAAAUAUCAAGCAUUAAUGCUAUUGUGAAAAUCCUAGAGUUGGCUUUGAAGAAGCAAAGACCACUGUUGAUUGUCGCUGAAGAUGUGGACAGUGAUGCACUUGCAACACUCAUCCUUAACAAACUUCGUGUUGGAAUCAAGGUCUGUGCCAUAAAAGCUCCUGGAUUUGGAGAAAAUAGGAAGUCAAAUCUUCAAGAUCUUGCCACUCUCACAGGAGGCCAAGUCAUAACCGAAGAGCUCGGGAUGAACAUUGAAAAUGUUGAUAUCGAACUGCUUGGAACAUGCAAAAAGGUCACAGUUUCAAAAGAUGAUACAGUCGUUCUUGAUGGCGCAGGAGAGAAAAAGACUAUUGAGGAAAGAUGUGAACAGAUAAGGUCAGCAAUCGAGUUGAGCACAUCCGAUUAUGACAAGGAGAAGUUGCAAGAAAGAUUAGCUAAGCUCUCCGGUGGUGUGGCUGUUUUAAAAAUUGGAGGUGCAAGCGAAGCUGAGGUUGGGGAAAAGAAAGAUAGAGUUACCGACGCUUUAAAUGCCACAAAAGCAGCUGUGGAGGAGGGAAUUGUCCCAGGUGGCGGUGUUGCGCUUCUCUAUGCUUCGAAAGAAUUGGAAAAGUUACCCACUGCCAACUUUGACCAGAGGGUUGGUGUCCAGAUUAUUCAGCAUGCCCUCAAGACACCGGUGUAUACAAUUGCAGCAAAUGCCGGAGUAGAGGGUGCGGUUGUGGUUGGCAAGUUGCUUGAGCAAGAUAACCUUGAUCUCGGUUAUGAUGCAGCUAAAGGUGAAUAUGUCGAUAUGGUGAAGGCUGGGAUUAUUGACCCGUUGAAAGUGAUAAGAACGGCGUUGGUUGAUGCCGCCAGCGUUUCUUCCCUACUGACCACCACGGAAGCGGUGGUGGUUGAGCUUCCCAAGGAGGAGAAGGAUACUCCGGCCAUGGGCGGUGGUGGAAUGGGUGGCAUGGACUUUUGAUGAAAGACUGCAAUUCUCCACAAGACCAUAUUCUUCUUCUUUUCAACUGUAGUCUAGCUUAGCAUACAUGUAACUUCAUCUCUCAAAUGAACAAUAAGAGCUCUCUGGUGGUAAUGUUUCUGCCUUCUUUGACAGGGAGGGGAAUUUUUACUUCGGCUGUAAUUUUUAUUUAUCCGGUGCUUGCUAAGACCGUUUGGAAGACAAAUUGAUGGUUUUGUUACCAUUGCCAUGGAAAAUGUAAUUUUUUUCUCUAGAGAGAAUAUUUGAAAGUUAAUAUUUUUUUUGCAACUGGAAACUUUGCCUCGCCACAUUCAAACUGAUGGUUUUGAUAAUUACUUUUGAGUUGAUAUUAUAAUAAUUGCCAGUUUUUUUC